AUGAGUCCUGGAACCAGCCAUGUGUCCCUGAAGAGUGACCGGUCUAUGGGGAAACCCAUUGGCUUUAAAUCAGGACCCAGACCUGCUGAUGAGGGCGUCAGCCAGCAGAGCUCCCAGGUUCGUGGAGGCUCCGCCCCUCAGCAUCAAACACAUCUGGACUCCAUCUUUAUGGAUGUUUCUCUGUUCCAGCUGCUGGAGGACAACAUGGUGGCUUUCAUGAAGGAGGAGCUGAAGAAGAUGAAGAAGCUCCUGAGUCCAGAUUACCCAGCAUGCUCAGAGAGUGAGAGAGAGGAUGAGGAUGAGGAUGAAGAGCAGAGGAGCAGCAGAGAGUCAUUUCUGAGGAUGACUCUGGACUUCCUGAGGAGGAUGAAGCAGGAGGAGCUGGCUCAGCGUCUGAGGAGCAGAACUUCUGCUGGAGUUUUCCAACAGAAGCUGAAACGUGGCCUGAAGAAGAGGUUCCAGUGUGUGUUUGAAGGAGUCUCUAAAGCAGGAGAGUCCACCUUCCUCAACCAGAUCUACACAGAGCUCCACAUCACAGAGGGAGGGGCUGCAGAGGUCAACUGGGAACAUGAGGUCAGACAGAUUGAAGCAGCAUCCAGGACAGCAGACAGAGCAGAAACAAGCAUCAGACCAGGAGACAUCUUUAAAGCCCCACCUGGAAGAUCUAAACCAAUCAGAACAGUGCUGACACAGGGAGUGGCUGGCAUUGGGAAAACAGUCCUGACUCAGAAGUUCACUCUGGACUGGGCUGAAGACAAAAACAACCAGGACGUCCACUUCAUAUUUCCAUUCACCUUCAGAGAGCUGAAUGUAGUGAAGGAGAAGAAGUUCAGCUUGGUGGGACUUGUUCAUCACUUCUUCACGGAAACAGAAGAAGCAGGACUCUUCAGCUUUGAAGACUUCCAGGUGGUCUUCAUCUUGGACGGUCUGGAUGAGUGUCGACUCCCUCUGGACUUCCAGCACACUGAGUUCCUGACUGAAGUUACAGAGUCCACCUCAGUGGAUGUUCUGCUGACAAACCUCAUCAGUGGGACACUGCUUCCCUCUGCUCGCCUCUGGAUCACCACACGACCUGCAGCAGCCAAUCAGAUCCCUGCUGACUGUGUGGGCAGGGUGACGGAGGUCCGAGGGUUCACCAACCCCCAGAAGGAGGAGUACUUCAGGAGGAGGUUCAGAGAGGAGGAGCAGGCCAGCAGGAUCAUCUCCCACAUCAAGACCUCCCGAAGCCUCCACAUCAUGUGCCACAUCCCGGUCUUCUGCUGGAUCACUGCUACAGUUCUGGAGAAGGUGUUGAAGAGCAGAGAGGGAGGAGAGCUGCCCAAGACCCUGACUCAGAUGUACAUCCACCACCUGGUGGUCCAGGCCAAAGUCAAGAUGGUCAAGUAUGAUGGAGGAGCUGCCACAGAUCCACACUGGAGUCCAGAGAGCAGGGAGAUGAUACAAUCUCUGGGAAGACUGGCUUUUGAGGAGCUGCAGAAAGGAAACCUGAUCUUCUAUGAACCCGACCUUACAGAGUGUGGCAUCGAUCUCAGAGCAGCCUCAGUGUACUCAGGAAUGUUGACCCAGAUCUUCAGAGAGGAGAGCGGCCUGUACCAGGACAAGGUGUUCUGCUUCAUCCAUCUGAGCCUUCAGGAGUUUCUGGCUGCUCUUCAUGUCCAUCAAACCUUCAUCAAGUCUGGAAUCAACCUUCUGGAAGAACAACAGCAAACCUCCAAUUGGUCUACAUUGUUAAAGCAGAAACCUAAUCUCCACCUUCUCCAUCAGAGAGCAGUGGACGAGGCCUUGAAGAGUCCAAAUGGACACCUGGACUUGUUCCUCCGUUUCCUCCUGGGUCUUUCACUGCCGACCAAUCAGAGUCUCCUUCGAGGUCUGCUGACACAGACAGGAAGUAGCUCACAGACCAAUCAGGAAACAGUGCAGUACAUCAAGAAGAAGCUGAGUGAGAGUCUGUCUGCAGAGAGAAGCAUCAAUCUGUUCCACUGUCUGAAUGAACUGAAUGAUGGUUCUCUGGUGGAGGAGAUCCAACAGUCCCUGAGAUCAGGAAGUCUGUCCACAGAUAGACUGUCUCCUGCUCAGUGGUCAGCUCUGGUCUUCAUCUUACUGUCAUCAGAAGAAGAUCUGAAGGAGUUUGACCUGAAGAAAUACUCUGCUUCAGAGGAGGCUCUUCUGAAGCUGCUGCCAGUGGUCAAAGCCUCUCAACAAAGCUCUGUACGUUUGAGCAGCUGUGGUCUGUCAGAGAGAAGCUGUGGAGCUCUGUCCUCAGUUCUCAGUUCUCAGUCCUCCAGUCUGACACAUCUGGACCUGAGUAACAACGACCUGCAGGAUUCAGGAGUGAAGCGUCUGUCUUCUGGACUGGAGAGUCCUCACUGUAAACUGGAAGCUCUCAGUCUGUCAGGGUGUCUGGUCUCAGAGGAAGGCUGUGCUUCUCUGGUCUCAGCUGUGAGAUCAAGGUCCUCCCAUCUGAGAGAGCUGGACCUGAGCUACAACCAUCCAGGAGACUCAGGAGUGAAGGAGCUGUCAGCGGCAGUGGAGGAUCCACACUGCUCCCUGGAGACUCUCAGGUAUAACUCACAACAGGAGCUCAUGGGCUGUGGUGGACCAUGGUGGUACAGCAGUGGCUCAAACCUGGUCUGA